CAUUAGCCCAUUGUAAAGGUUACCAUAUCAAUGUAUGCUAAGUCCUGUAAUUAGUCAUCCAAAUUCUAUCUUAUCAAUUACUUUACUAUAUAUAUACAAAUAGCACACAGAAUCAUAGGCCAUAUAAGAAAAUUAAAGAUCAAAAAAUCAUUGUUUGUAGCAAAAGCGAAACACAUUUUUUUUUUAAUUCAAGAAGCUAACAACCCUCUUUUUCAUAAAAGAAACAACUUUUCCAAAUUAAUGGGGCGCUGGAUGAAACCAGAGGUUUACCCUCUAUUGGCUGCAAUGACCUUUGUGACAAGCAUGUGUAUCUUCCAGCUAACAAGAAACAUUCUAGGAAAUCCUGAUGUUAGGAUAAGCAAAAGUCGUCGUACUAAGGGAGUGUUUGAUAACAAAGAAGAGGGAGAGAAAUAUGCUGAGCAUGGUUUGAGGAAAUUCCUUCGUACUCGACCACCGGAGAUUAUGCCUUCCAUUAAUCACUUCUUUAGUGAAGAUAAAUAAAUUAAUGAAGCUUUCUACACUAAAAUAGUUCAAUACAUGAAAGAGUUUAAGUGUUGAUUUGUGUCAUAUAUAUAGUAGUAGUAGUUUUAUUUGCAUACAUGAGAAUUUUCUCAUCACGUGUUAAUUAAUUGGUGUUUGGCAUCUUGUAAUUGUAGCAAUAUCACAUAAGAAGUAAAAGAAGCUGUUUGUAAUACUCUUUUAUGUACAAAAUAAGUGUUUUAGGCAUUCUUAAGAAAGAAGAUAACCUUAGUAUGAGGGUCCAA